AACAGCGUGCCUUGAGUUCCAGGCCUCAGCUGCACGGUCGAACGUAACGGUACCGGGCAGGCGCGAGAGAGCAGCCGCUGAUAACGACACCGUUUUCAGACCAGACAGAUCGCUGCACAGAGCAGGAGUGCGUCCACAGUCGCAUCCCCUGGCUUCCAUCCUCCCCUCAGUAGCCGGCUGAAAGAAGAGUUUCCGUUGGAAGCAAGCGUACAGCAAACAACAGUCUCAACAUGAGCACUACUACCAAGAAGGUGACCCGCACCAUCAUCACGUCCUCGUCCGGCGGCGGUGCCGGUGGCGGCGGCGGCAGAGCUACAUUCAGCUCCUCCAGGCUGAGCGGUGGCGGCGGCCGUAUUCGCACCGGCGGUAUAACAUCACGCCGUAGCGUGGGCUCUUCUUACUCAGCCGGCGGUGGCGGCCGCGUCAACGCCGUCAUGGCUGCAGGGGUGAUGGCUUCAGUGGGAGGGCCGGCCGGUGCGCUACAGACCCUCUCCGACGCUCGCAUGACCCGCGCCCACGAGAAGCAAGAGCUGUCACACCUGAACGACCGUUUCGCCUCCUACAUCGACAAGGUGCGCUACCUCCAGGAACGCAACUCCAAGCUGGAGGCACAGAUUAAGAUCCAGGAAUCCAGGGAGGCCCCCAACAUCAAGGAUCUGUACGAGAAGGAGCUCCGGGAUCUCCGAGCGCUGGUGGAUGAGCUUUCCAACGACAAGGCCCAGCUGGAAAUCGAGAGGAACAACUGGCAGGAACAGGCAGAAGAGUACAAGGGAAAGUGGCAGGACGAGGCGGGGUUGCGUGCGGAGCUGGAAGCUGAGAUUGAGAGGCUGAAGAAGGAGCUGGAUGCAGCAACCAUGGCGCGUGUGGACUUGGAGAACAAGCUCUCCACCGCACAGGAGGAGAUCGAUUUCUUGAAGAGGGUUCAUGAUGAGGAAAUCCGUCAACUGCAGGACCAGUUGAACGAAAGUUUGACCAUUGUGGAGGUGGACUCCCGGGCUCCCACAACUUUUGCUCCUGGACCUGACCUCACUGAAGCUCUGCGUGAGAUCCGUACUCAGUACGAGGAGCUUGGACGUGUGAACAGGGAGGAUGCUGAGGUCAAGUACAAGCAGAAGUUCAGCGAGCUGGCCCAACAACGGGAGCGUGACAACGAGGCUCUGAUGACUGCACGGACAGAGGUGACAGAACUCCGGAGGAACCUCAACUCUCUCGUGGCCGAGAAUGAGGCUCUCAAGAGUAAGAACGCAGCUCUGGAGGGCAGCCUGUCCGACCUGGAGGGUCGCAUGCAGCUGGAGAUCGAAGAGUAUCAGGCUGCAAUCCGCGAUCUCGAGCAGGAGCUGGAGACCAAGUCGAGUGAGAUGGCUCAACAGAUGCAAGCCUACAAGAUGUUGAUGGACACCAAGAUGGCGCUCGACAUGGAGAUAGCAGCUUACAGGAAGCUGCUGGAGGGAGAGGAGAUCAGGCUGUUCGGUGAGAGCAAGGAGGGCAUGCAGACGUCCAGCAGCAGCAGCAGCUACCAAUACUCCAUGAAGUCAGGGUCCGGCGGCGGCUCGUCUGGCAAGCAGCAGGUCACCGUCAGUGUCUCCUCCGAGGAAGUACUAGGCGCUGCUCCAUGUCUUGAGCCCGCUGGUGAUGUCAAACCUGAUGAACCAGAUGAGGCCGACGAUGAGGGCGAUAAGGAGGCAGAGGAGUCAGCUGAAGCUGACGCAGCUGCAGAAGAUAAGGAAGAAGAAAAGGAAGAUGAGAAGACGGACGAUAAGGAGGACACCAAGGACGAUGAUGCCGAAGCGGAAAAAGAUGACGACACAAAAGAUGAUGGAGAUGACGACAAGGGUGAAGACAAAGUAGAUGGUCACGACGAGUCUGAAGAAGCCGAUAAGGAAGAUGAGGGAAGAAGCUUGAAGGAGGUCGUUGACAGCCAGGAGAGAUCGCCCGCCAAAUCGUCGUCUGCUCCCCACGCCGCAGUCGUCACCAAGACCAUCACAAAAACCAUCGUUCAGUCCGUGCCCAAGCUCAUUGGUGGAGGAUGGACACUACUGUUCAAGGCCGUGUCAGAGACCGGUGGACCCGUGUUCUCUCACUGGGAGACCGAGGGCAAGACCAACGAGCCCACGGGCGAGCCCGUGCGGCUGGAUGUUGCCGAUCCCUACCGUUACAAGAGCAGUAUCAUCGACAACUGGGAACAAUACAGUAUACAGGAGGUCAAGGUGGUGCUGUACAAGGAUAACGAGGAGGUGCUGGUCCUGCGCUUUGACGCCGAGGGAACCAACAAGUCCGACUGGUACAGCCAGGACCGUCUCAUCGAGUCUCCCUUCAUCGAUCUCUCUCCAGACAAGAAGGCCAACGGCUUCUCCUUCCAGGGACAGAGAGACGGCAAGAUCGCCAGGACCAUGUUCAUCGAUGGCGGUGUAGACCAUGGGUGGUUCGUAGUCAUCGACAAGCCAGACAACGCGCCUUGGGCCAAGAAGGCAGCUGUUCCCCACUUCCUGUAUUCCACAACUGACCAGUGCGUCAACUGGAACGAUGCUCCAAACGUCGGGCAGGCUGACGUUUUGGCAAUCUUUGCUCUCGGAUUCGGCGCAAAUGACGAAGAAGAGGAAGAUUAGAAACCAAAAUUGCAGUAUUCACUUCAGAGAUGCCACAUGGGGGGAUUGGAACCACAGCGACUGUAAAGGAUUCAAGGCAUGGGCUUCACAAAGUUGCCAACAACAACAACGAAACUAAACAUACUGACACACAGCCAUGACGACUCAAAGCAGCUUGAAAUUAUACAAAAGCAGCCAUCACAAAGGUGAUUCAGAGAUUAUCUAUGGGAGGGAAACCGCCUUGUCAUAAGGAAAUAUUUCCAACAAACUCCUCACAUAGUUGAUUACUGCGUACAAAACAGCGUAGACAACGUUUAGUUUAGGAGACCAAAUGGUGUAACUGUAACUCAUGAGCCACACAUGGGCGACCUGUUAGAGACAAGUUGGACUUAUUUCCUACAAAAGCCUGAAAGGAUGGAAUUUCAACGGGGAUAUAAAGAAAUAACGACUGUUAACAUCUUUACACGGGUCAUGGUUGAAACUAAAGUUUACAGGACUGUGAAAUAUGACCAGAAACUGACCUGACCACCUCUGCUAGCUUCCGAUGCUCUGCUUAUACUCGCUUGAUCUCUGUGCAUGAGUAGUAGGUAGGUGGGCUACAAAGUCGGCAUUUCAAAAACUUUGUCAUUAUUCAUGUUGAGAUUCUAUAUUAAUAUCGGAGGAUAGGAGGGUGGCCAUGAAGAGAAGGCAAGUGAGACAUUACGUGCGAAGGUUGUGUAGAGAUGUAGCUUUUUAAGCAGAAGGAGAACGAUUUGUAAACAUGAGACAAUGAGAAAUAACAACAAGGCGGAUUUCCUCCUGUAUAGUUUCUUGGCAUUACAUCAACACAGAAUGCUUGCUGAUAUUAUAAUACCUAUGACAAAGAAAGUAGUCAGUGCUUUUAAUAGACUCCACACAAGUGCAAGACAAAUUUCUAUGCUGUAGAGCAAAUUUAGCGACUCUUGCUGCAAAGAAACCGCUGAUGUAGAGUGUCAGGUAAAAGAAUCUCUGAAUCAUAAUAGGACAGGGACUCACUGUUAAAGAAACUCUUCCAAAGUGAGAGAACUUUCAGGUGCAGCUGCUUUCAAGUGUGGUGCUGGUUACGUAAAUACCAACAACAUUAAGAGAAAAAGUCAACUAGACUUCACUGCCUUAUAAAAUGUAUGCUCAUUUUCCUUGGCGAGUCCUGUUAGUCCUGCGGUAUCUGGCACGAGUGGAUUUCUUUUGUUGUGCCUUUUUCAAGUAGCAUGCUAGAACUCCUACCCUAAGACUUGGGGGAGCAAGUGACAAAUAAAUGAAUACCUGUGUAAUAAAUAAAAGGAAUUGUGAUUAUGGCAAUUAGUAGCUUUUCUGCGUACUGGAGUCAAUCAAAUGUUGUAGCUCUGUAGUAAUGUUUAUCAUUAGACGAUAGAAGUAACAAAAUAACUAACGUUUUCAUUGAGACUCGAAACUAACGAUUAGCUUGCACAGUGCCGUUCGGUUAUAUUUGCAAGGUGAUAGCCUCUACCUGCCUGUCAUAUCUAAUGUAGAUUCGCUGCUCGCUGCAUUGCCAAUUUGGGCUACCUACCUGGCAAGUAUAGCAGGGGGUACUGCAAGCUAGAAUUCCUAUCAUUGACAGUACUAUAAUUCAUCUUCACUGCAAUGGGUCCAGAUCGCAAUGAAUGAAAGGAUAUAAUAAUACCAAGAAUAACAAUCUAUUGCAAACGACAUUCAAAGAAUGUUCCAAUUUACUCAGAUCUCUAUGUGCAGUGUCUCGGUGAAAAUAAACGUGUCGUACUGGAUAACAACA